AUGAGCAUCUCAGCAAAUAGUGGUGACUCGCCGGAAAAGAUCCCAGGAAAGGCUCACAAGCGUUUCGUGAUGAUUGCAACAUUACUAUAUUUGAUCGACCCCGUCCGUGGUGAGCCUACGACUUAUGGUCUCGACAAACACCCACUUGACGAUUCCUGGAGAUAUGACCAGCCCCAGAAGAAGUUUCUCGAUUCUUUCGCCUUAAUUUGUUCAACCUCUGGAGUAGGCGGCGAGACUGCCUCGGCGGUGUGCUUGGAGCAGGGUCACCCAAGCGGAACUGUCCUACGUCUUGCCCGGAAUUUUGGGGUAUCCGAGAUGCUGAAAGAUCAGCUGCAUGAUAUCCUAAACGAUCUGACAGCGGUUGCUGAAAAGGAAAAAAGCCCGAAAGAAAUGGAACCUGUAGUUUUGAACAAGAUCGUCGCCUUAACCGAGGACAAGAUUCGGGCCAUCAUAGAGAAGAUUCGCCGUUCGGAAGCGCUCAUCAACAUCAGACAGGCUGCCGCUGACAUUGAAACAUCACCAGCGGAUGAUUCUGUUGCGUCGAGCUUCAGGCAAUGGGUGCGUGACCUGCCAUUGCUGGUAUCCUUGAAUGACAGCGCAGGGUUGGGGCAGCUCAGUCACUACGUCAAAUGGGCUUCUCGCAGCAGAUGGGUAUACUCGGAGCAGCUUGAAGAAGCAUUUGAACUGCAGGAUGGAUCCUUGCCCACAUGGCUCAAGCACGUCUAUAAGCUUGGCCGCUAUUUCACUGCAACGAAGGCGAUGCUUAAGUUGGCUGUGAGACAACCAGGCGUGUUCACUGGCAUUCACGUGAAGGCUGUUGAAGCGCCUGAGCAAGAAACUUUCUCUGUGGGAGACGACAAAUUUCCCCUCCUGACGGUACUUAGAUCCAUCACGAACGCCAACCCGAUGGAGCUACGAGAGAACUUGGGCAAAACUUGGCUGACGAGCGAUCCCGAGGCCAAAUUUCGACGGGCUUGCAACACCACACUUACUGCACAUGCCGAGAUGCAGCUCCUUAGCUUCUACGACCAAAACCCUGAUCUCACGCCCAGACUGUUAUUCAUGGGAACCAGCAAGAAAGCGUGCUAUCUCUGCCACGAGUUUAUAUCCCGUCAUCCCCUCACCAUUGGUGUGUCAGCUAGCCACCAGAAGAUUUAUCCAACCUGGAUGCUCGCGCCAUGUCGGUCCACUGUUCGAAAAACGCAAAAGGUUCUGCUUUGGCAUAUCAGCCAGCACCUUGAACAAACAGUCGUACGAGAUCUUCAGACAAGGUUGGGAGCUCCCCGGCGACCUAUCAACAUGGAUUCCACGGCAGGGCCAUCACUCACUUCCACGGGAACGAUGUCGACGGGAAUCUGGGCAGGGCACUCGGUUUUCAGCGAAAGUGCUACAGAUGAGACGGCUCGCACAGACAUGUCCGAAACCACGGCCAACACUCAACGUAUGUCGAGAUCGUAG